ACGGCACGUUUUCUGGGAAAAUCGCUAGCGAAACUGCAUUGUACUCUUUAUCAAAUGUCUUUAGCGCCUUUCGCAGAAGAGGUGUUGCGUAGAAACGGUGUCACGGAAAUUUGCGAAUAGAGCUGACACAAGGCAAAAAUCAAUUACAGAGAGUCACGAGCUUGGAUUUAAUAAUGAAAAUAGUACUAUCUUUAUUGGUUAUCACAUUGCUGGGCAGGCAAUAUGCACUAGCCGAUCAUGGAGUGGAAGAGUUCGACGAUACCGCACGAUAUGCAAUCGAAGGUAGGGUGUAUCCGCCCGAAUUGUAUGGAGGAGAUCCGGAUCUUGCCUGGCAGCUAGAUACACAAAUAUCCAUCAACGGUGGUGAAUACAAGGGAUUUCUUCGUGAAGACGGCAGCUUUCUGAUUAGCUCAGUGCCAUCAGGUAGCUAUGUGGUCGAGAUCGUAAACCCCGACUAUUUCUACGAACCCGUGAGGGUAGAAAUCAAUCCAAAAGGAAAGUUUCGGGCUCGUAAACUGAAUUACGUUCAGCCAUCUCAAGUGCUGCAGCUGCCCUAUCCCUUGAAGUUGAAGGCGCUUACUCGAUUCCGGUACUUCCAGCAACGGGAGCAAUGGAAGAUAACUGAUUUUCUGUUUAAUCCGAUGGUGUUAAUGAUGAUUCUUCCUCUGGGUAUCAUGCUCAUUCUGCCGAAAAUCAUGAGCGAUCCAGAGACGAAGAAGGAAAUGGAAAAUUUGAACUUAUCAAAGAUGACGAAUGAUUUGCCUGAAUUCAGUGAAAUGCUAACGUCCUACUUCACGAGCGGUUCUGCGGCUGCCGCUGCAGCCAAAGCGGGAAAAGACAAAGACAAAGCCAAACCAAAGCAAAGCAAAAAGAAAAAUUAAUAAUCCAUGUAUCGAGCAAGCUAAUGUCAAUGCUCGUUGCUACAAAUAAAUUUGACAAAUUUAUAGAUAGUGUAA